GUCUUCAUACAGCCGGUGCGGCGGUGCCACCUCCGCUAUCAACGCCUUUAAAUACACCUUAUUCCUUUAAGGAAUGACACCCUGUUUCUUGCUUCUAUAACACACCACAUUCCUAUUCCUAUUCCUAAAUCCUAUAUAUAAUCAACCAGUUACACUAUUUCAACUCGAACUCAUAAACUUUCACAACAAUGGGUGUCUUGUUUGAGCCUACAAACAAUGACAACAACCCCCGUUUGUUGGAAGAUUUCAUAGAAAAAGCCGGUGGCUGUGCUGUCAUUGACGGCGGCUUUGCCACACAGCUUGAGCUCCACGGCGCGUCCAUUAAGGACCCGCUGUGGAGCGCGCUUUGCUUGAUUAAUAACCCACACCUUAUCUCUAAGGUUCAUUUGGAGUAUUUGGAAGCUGGUGCUGAUAUAAUUGUCACUUCUUCUUAUCAGGCUACUCUUCCUGGUUUCAUAUCCAGAGGAUUGUCCCUUGAACAAGCGGAAAAACUACUAGAAAAGAGCGUGAAACUAGCGACGGACGCUCGUGAUGUUUUCUGGGAAAGCGUGAACAAAAUCGAUGAUCAUACGUACAAUCGGGCUCUUGUUGCAGCCUCUAUCGGAAGCUAUGGUGCAUAUCUUGCUGAUGGCUCAGAAUACAGUGGGAAUUAUGGAGAAAAUGUGGAUAUGAACAAACUCAAAGACUUUCAUAGACGAAGACUGCAAGUUCUUGUUGCGGCCGGUCCUGAUCUGCUUGCUUUCGAAACCAUUCCAAAUAAGCUUGAGACACAAGCUAUAGUGGAAUUACUCGAAGAAGAAAACGUUCAAAUCCCAUCGUGGAUUUGUUACAGUUCGGUAGACGGUGUAAAUGCUCCUUCAGGAGAGAGCUUUGCGGAUUGCCUUGAAGUUAUUAACACCAGCCGCAGAAUCGCAGCUGUUGGGAUAAACUGUGCACCGCCACAGUUUGUUCAUAGCCUUGUUCAGAAAUUCAAAGGGUUAACCGAAAAAGUGAUUGUUGUUUAUCCGAAUAGCGGUGAAAUUUGGGAUGGUAUUGCGAAAAAAUGGAUGCCAUCCAAGUGUUUUAAUGAUGACAAGUUUAAGGUGUUAGCGACAAGAUGGCGCGAUUCAGGAGCUAAACUUAUCGGUGGGUGUUGUCGGACUACGCCUUCAACCGUCCGAGGCCUUUCAAAGGUUUUGAAGAAGACUUCUUUGGCUACUAAUUGAACACAAGAUAUGGUUUAGGAUAAUAUUUAUAUAAUUUAUAAAUAUAAUCAUGUAGCCAUUAAAGAAAUGGGCCUAUUUAUAUAUUUAUUUAUUUAUUUUAUUUUAUUUAACUUUUAGUUUUUUUUUUAUUACAAUUAAUGAAAAGAUUAUUAAUGUUCUGGGCUAAAA